AUGGAGCCAACAGUAGCGGUGUCCGCCCCCGGUAAGGUGCUCCUUGCGGGCGGGUACUUGGUCCUAGAUCCCGCCCACAACGGCCUGGUCCUGGGCCUCAAUGCGAGGAUAAACGUAAUCGCGGGCACGAUUCGAACCAGCGAGGGUGUGCAGCUCACCGAAAUUGUCGUGAAUAGUCCCCAGUUCCUCGAUGCGGAAUGGAGGUUCGGCUUUCACCUCUCGGAGGAUGACGGAGGUAUUCAUGUUACCCAACUUCAGACUGGGCAAACGCUGUCGGCGAAGAACCCCUUUGUUGAGACCACCUUGAUCUACGUCUUGACCUUCAUCCAUCGCCGGUUACGGUACCACACUCAACAGAGUUUAAGCUCGACACGCCUGACUAUCCUUGCGGAUAACGACUACUACUCAACCUCCUCUGGAGACACUGCAAGCACCGGCCUCGGAAGGUUUGCAAAGUUUCCUUACCCUAUACGCGAGGCCCCGAAGACAGGCCUGGGGUUUGACAUCUCAUCGCCAGAAGGGAAGAGGACCCUGCACAACCUCGCCCAAGUCGCGCACGGAGCUGCGCAGGGCAAGAUUGGCUCCGGUUUCGAUAUCGCCGCAGCCGUGUAUGGCGCCUGCAACUACAAGCGGUUCUCACCUAACAUACUCUCGGAGCUGCCCGAACCCGGAAAGCCCGGCUUUGGCGCAGCUCUCGAGAGCCUUGUGUUGAAAGAGUGGGACGGUAGCAUCGACGACUUCACCCUGCCCCCGGGCUUGCGAUCCGCAUGGUUGACGUGCACUCAGCUUUGGUGGGGCCUCCAUGGACUCAACCUGUUCUUGGAGCAGCAGCUCCGAGCCAAGGAGGGAAACUUUGAGUACAUAGCCGAAACCAUUUCGCGGUGCCGCGGCAUAAUCCGCGCGAUGAGCGAGGAGAGCGAGGUGCCCAUUGAACCACCGCAGCAAACGGCGCUGCUCGACAGGCUAUCAGCGGUCGACGGUGUGUAUGGAGGUGUUGUCCCUGGUGCUGGAGGGUUUGAUGCAGCGGCAAUUGUCGCAAAGGACGAUGAUGAGACCCUGGAGAGGAUAAGGAAAUGCUGCGAGGACGCUCGAACGGCGGAUUACCAGGUAGAUCUUAUGAGGGUCAAAUGUGAGAGCGAAGGUGUCAGGAUGGAGGACCUCGCGAGCUUCGAUGGUUGGUUGCACAAGUAG